AUGGCAGAAAAUAUCUCAAAAUUAGUGGAUAAGGGGUUUCAAAACUGGAUAAAAGCCAAUCUUGCCUUGAACAUUACCAAGGAUGGAAUUGAGGAUGUCGUGUUAACUGAGAUAAACACGUUUCAUCAAGACACACUUAACGACAUAUUAUCACCGGAACAAAUUCUAAACAAUGAUCUCUGUAGACAAUGUAAAAACGAAAACAUCUUGCCGUGCCCUACGAGAGGUAUUUGUAUAGUGAAAACAGGUCUCUGUUCCUUCCACUAUACGCAACAGAAAUGGUACCGUCCAUGUCCGAAACAUAUCUGUGAUCGAUUGAGAGAAAAGAUAAAACAAUGCCACAAGUACAAUUUUCCAUCUUGGAAAAACACUAAAGCGGAGGAUUGGUGUCAGAACCCGUGGGAACUGGCAAAGUGCUACCUGCCUCCGGAUGGAUAUCUCGGUGUCACUUCUAUAGCAGAAACAGAUAUAAAUGGUAUUGUCAGUGUCAUCAUGAACCAUUCGGCCUUCAAAAACAAAGUCAUCAUGCGCAGUUGUGAUCAGGUCCGGGAGGUAACUAGAAGAGUACGACAUUCUCCAGACCUCUGUAUAAGUGAUCAAGAUAUGAACAAUAUCCUCGACACACUGGUCGCUUUUCUAGGUUCUAGUCUGUUCCAGGGAGAUUUAAAGGCAGCAACAUCUGUUCAGAAAAUAACUAAGUUGAAAACGGAUUCUCUCACAAUAACAACAAACGACGUCACAAAAGUUCUUCAAAAUGUUAUACAUGAAAACACAAAAAAGUCCCUGCAAGUGGUCAAUGAAACACUAGCUGAACGCGCACGCGAAAUUAAGGUUGAUCUUGAUAAACUCGAUGAAGUAGCGAGCAAAAGCAUAAAGGACAUAUUUAUUGCCAAAGUCUCAGCAAUCGAUGAUAUAGAGGGUUCUAAAAGAACUGCCAUAGAUGAUAUCAAAUCAACUACUGUACAACUUAAGACGGAAUUCAAUAGUGAUAUUGACAAAGUAAAGACACAGGCAGUUGCAGAGAUAGAAGACAUGAAGCAAACUUUUAUCGACACUGAGUAUCAACGUCUGAAAGCGGAUUUCAAGUCUGACCUACUGGAAUUUAACCAACAGUACCACAGCACCAUUCCUCUCUCGUCUAUAUUCGAUGAACAUGAUACACAUCUUCAAGGUUUCUACGUUCAACCUACUAUGAAUUCAAUUGAAGUGCAAAAGACAACAUUAAGUGGUCCUGCUGUAGAAGUACGGAAGCCAAUUAAAUCUUUACAAGACGUUUUCUAUAGGAAAUCGAAACCGUGUUCCAACAUAUACUUGACGUCAGGAGCUGGCCUAGGGAAGACCGUGUUUUGUAAACAGUUGGUGUUGGCAUGGUGCCACGCCCAUGGAAAUCAUAGUAGUGAAAGUAAAUUGUUUGUAGAAUACAUGCAGGUAAUGAAGGACUUUGAAUAUAUUUUUCUACUUUCUUUGAGAAAUUCUACCGCACAGUGCGAUGUUGAUGACAUGAUUGCAAGUCAAGUUGUUCAGAAUUUAGCAAACGACUUAAAAUAUACUCCAGAUUUUAUGCAAAGACUUCUCCAUCGCGAAAAGUGUUUAAUUCUUUUAGACGGCCUUGACGAAUGGUCCCAUCCCGAACCAAGUGUGUCAAUCUGCACAAAGACACAAGAUGAUUUACCACAUAGAAAACCUAGACAAAACUGCACAAUCCUCACUACAACUAGAUCUUGGAAAUUAAGCAUUGUUAACCUCAAAUCCAGCCAGAUAGAUAACCAUAUCGAGAUAGGAUAUCUUGAUGACGAAUCUUCACGACAGUUAAUAGCAAAUGCUGUUAAAAAGAUCUUAGUUCAGGACGAUACUGAUACUUGUAUUAACGAUGGAACAAAUAGUCAAAUUGAAGAUACAACAACUGAAAUACGCUCAAGGUCUACUCCGGAGUUUGAAAAGAACCCGCUUAUACUUACUUACAUGAUUUGCUUGUUAUGUGAUGGAAAAUCUCUAGGACAAUCAAAGAGUGAAUUAUAUGCAAAUAUCAUAGAUUUUCUACUUCAUCGAUGGGAAAAACGACAAAAAAAGGUUACAAAAGUCGUUUUCGCAGAUAAUGCUGUUGAUACUGUUUUACUGCCAGCCGUGUUCAGAAAUUGUGGUCAUAUUAAAGCAUAUGGGAAAAUCCUCCUAUCGUUAGGGCAGUUAGCGUUUAAAGCUUUGUUUUGUGAAAUAGAAGAAAGAUCUCUCGUUUUCAGAUGUUCUCUGAUGGACAGCUGCCUUAAUGAAGACGAAAAAACGUUCUGCUUAUCAGCUGGACUUCUGAUACAAAACAAACUUCCGGGAAGAUUAAUAUCGAAUGAGACUACAGUUUCGUUUUCACAUAAAACGUUUCAGGAGUUCUUAGCAGCCUUGUACAUCUACGCAAAAGCUGAUCACAAUGAUGCGAAAGAAUCGGUGUUAGAGAAGUGUAAUUCAGUUGAAAAUAUCCUUGAAAUGUCAAAUGUCUUUAUAUUUCUUAGUGGACUUUGUCCUGAACGGUUGCACAUUCUCACAAAAGAGCUCAGCAAAAUUAUUAAUGGUGAUAAAAUGAUAAUCCAAUUCAGAAGUAAGAGUACGCUUUCCUUUGGCCAACACACUCUCUAUAAAACAGUUAAAGAUCUCCAAGAUAUGUAUAUCGCGUGUGUCAAAGAAAGUAAGGAUGCUAAUCAUGCAUCUGCUAACCCGCUACUUCAGGAUGUUAUCAUAGACAGAGACCGUUAUAAAGAAGGACAUCUUCAAAUGUUGCAGCAGCUAAUAAAAACGAAUACUGAAAACAUCAAAUCAAUCUGGCUUUCCAAUUGUGAAUCUGAAAUGGACACCCAAAAUCUCAUCAGAAAUCCUAAUCUGGAGAACAUACAUACACUCGAGAGUCUAUUCCUAUUUUGUCCAAUAGUGACCGAGGACCUUGACCAUAUCCUUGCUGGUUCUGUCAAUACGCUGAAUACUCUAGUUGCUGCUAGCGUGAUGUGGAAAGGUGAAUCAAGGGCAGGUAUAUAUCGCACACUGUCAGAUAGCAGUGUAAAGUUAAUACGAGACAUGAACUAUCUGACAUCUUUAAGUUUAUUUAACUUCAGAAUGUCUCAUUGUUUGCUGCAGAGUCUGAUAUCACACCUGACACAUCGGACAUGUAUGAAACAUAUAACAUUGGUUCACAUCACAUGUAUAGAUCAUGGUGAGUCAUGUCCCGGUUUCAGUAUGGAUCUGUCUCAGCAUGAUCAACUCGUUACAACUGGACUAGGUGGUCUACCUUUAAUACAUGUGCUAAUAAACACUUCAGUAUUAGAAGUGUGUUAUGCUGGACCGUUGCAAACGUCAAGCUCAUUUUCUUCCUUCCUGAACUGUCUACCCGAUGCAAAGAAAUUAAGACUAUUUUACUAUUUUCAAUUACACGAAAGAGGAAAUGACCUUAGUAAUAUGAUGGAUACAAUUCCACGACUAAAUACUAUCAAGGAACUUGUUGUUGUAAAUACUGAUAUAAAGAACAAAGUAUUGAAACUAUCGUGUGAUGCAAAUAUUGAAUAUAUUCAUAUGAUGAAUACAACAAUGACAAGUUCAUCACUGGAACAGCUUGUACAGCAGGUUGAACAGCUCCUACAGUCAGUUCAGGUAAUGCUAGAAGAAUGUACUGUAACACCAGCGGAGGAAUAUGAGAGGAUAACUGAUUAUAUAAAAUCUUCGGGUAGGUUUGAAGUGAUUCUGGAUGGAGAAAAUGAAAAUGUUUAUGGAGUGAAGUCUAAUAGCUUUGUAUUCAGAACUAUUAGAGACUAAAACUAUGCGUUACAUCAUUAGCGUGUAAGAAUCAGCAUAGAUAAGGGCUAGGCAAAAGCAAUGAAUUGAAAUUGUACACAACAGAUAUGAGUCUAUUCUGUUUUUAAAAAAAUCUUCAGUCUACAUUUCUCCAAACUUUAUUUAUGUAUACCAAAGUUUCGAUUUUUUCCCCAAGUCUAGAGUCAGCUUAGAAUAUCAACAAGUAAAGUAUGGCAAAAAAUAGUGUGUGUAUGGUACCAGUCUUUGGAUUGUUGGUGAUUUGAGGUCACUAUGGACUUGUUCUUUGACCUACUGACCCCUUAACAAGUAUGGAAGUAGACCAAAUCUUUUGUUAGAUAUUUAGUGGCCACUUUUUUCAGUCUAGAGGUCACUGACCCUGACCUUUGACUUUCUGACCCCCAAAACUAAAGUAGCCAUCUACUGACAACAGGCAAUCACCCUACGAAGUAUGACAACUGUAGGUCAUAGAACUAUUAGUUCUUGAGCAUAAUCUUUUCAGUCUCAGUGUCACAAUGACCUUGACCUUUGAUUUACUGACCAACGUAACAAUAGAGGUCAUCUCAUAAACACUGACAAACAUCUAUUAAAAGAACAAGGACUCUAGUCACUGAUAGGAAACCAAUUGAUUUACCGACAGACGGACAGUGUGAAAAACAAUUUAUCCCUUCUUCCAAGUAGGACACACAAUGCGUAACAAAAUCAGUUAGUUUGAUACAUAAUGCCUCAAGUUUGUCGACUUUAUCAUGACAUAUAAAUAGGCAUUGUAACUAAAAAUGCAAAAUAAUAGGCACUAAGUAGUAAAGUAAUUGUUUGUUUUGAAACAGUAUAACCCCAUUUAACCUUUAAUCCCCGGUCCGAACCAACUAAUGCCGGACAAUUUAAAAUCCACAGGUUUAAACCCAGUAAAAAGUUUUAAAGUUAAAUUUAAACACAUAUAAUAUAAUGAGUUUACAGAAUAAAAUAUAUUGUUUGAAAGAAAGAAAAUUUACUGAUAAUAUAAAUCCUCACUAUGUUACGGCAAAAAAACGGGAAAAGAAUGAUAAUGGCCACCUGUUCGUCUUGUAGAAAAAUGAAAUCAAAGUUUGUUAAAAGUACUAUCACAGCAGGUAAUUUAGAUAUUCAUAAAGCAAUGUUACCUUUAUUAUCUAAGAAAGGUGUAACACUCCCAGGAUAUAAUUAUUGUGGACCAGGAAAUCCUUUAGAUAACGGACCUCCUGUCAACGAACUGGAUGCAGUAUGUAUGGACCAUGACUUUUGCUAUGACAGCGGUGUAAAAAAAGGGUACAUGCGACAAAGAAAUGCUUUCCAACUUAAAUAAAACUAAAUCAAAAACAUUUGGAGAAAAGAUUGCAAAACAUUUAGUUGUAAAACCUGUAAUUAAAACGAAAUACAAACUUGGGCUGGGACAAAAGUCAAAAAACGGGAAAAGGGGGUAGAGUAUACCCCCGGAAUCACUGCAGAGCCGGUAACUCUGAGUUACCGCUGGAGCGACGAAUUAGCAGAAGAAUUACACAAACCAAUUAAAAGAAAAUUUAGGAAACGAAGAGUGAUAGUUAAUAACAUUGAUGAUACUUGGUCAGCUGAUUUAGUUGACAUGCAAGCUUUUUCAAAAUAUAAUAAAGGAGUAAAGUACUUGUUAACCGUUAUUGAUAUAUUCAGUAAAUAUGCUUGGGUUAUUCCAUUAAAGAAUAAAACUGGAGAAUCUGUUACAGAAGCAUUUGAAAAAAUAGUUUCAGAAGAUAGAAUUCAGGGACGAAAGUCCCCGAAGACUGCAAGGAUU